AGGAGGAGGAGGAGGAAGAGGAGCUCUAUGGGGCAGUUGUGUCCUCUCCUCCUCCCCCUGCUGGAGCCAAGGAGGACCCAGGCAUUGUGACGGCCCUGGAGGCCAGCGAGGAUCUGAUCCUUGAAGGAGCUGGGUUGUACUCUGAGGCUCAGGCUGCAGUUCUGCCUAUGUCGUCCUCAACUGGUCCUCAAAGCUCCAUCACCUCCACAUUACCCUAUGAACCGAAGAGCUCCUCUCCUUCCCCUGCCUCCACCUUCAACUCCUCUCCCUCCAAAUCUAGCGACAAACCCUUCUUCAGCCUGGUCAAGUCUCUAUCCUCUGACAUCGUCGAGCCUUCUGAGAUUGCCUCCAUCUCCCCCGCUGCCCCCAUUUCCGUGCGCCACCGCCACCUGAUGAAAACCCUGGUCAAGUCACUCUCCUCUGACACCUCCCAGGAAUCCCCACCUUCCUCCUCCUCCUCACCCUACCGCCUCUCGGACUCCCGCCUCAACCUGCACCUCUUCAAGCAGUUCACCCAAUCCCGUGCACCGGUGGGCGUCGUCGCCGGUGGUGACUCCAAGACCGCCCCCUCCUCGACGCUCACCUCCCCAGACAGCCUUAACUUCUUCAAGGCGUCCGUGGAGGCAAGCAUCGAGGACACUAAGCGCCGUUUCUCCGAGGCCAUCUCCGAGCCUCUCCAGCUGUUCAAUAAGAUCAUGGAGGACAAGAGCGGUGGCAUUGGCAGCAGUGCCUUCCGGUCCAAAGCGCUCUCGUCCAGUGCUUCGGAGCUCACCUGCCUGGCCUCCCUCAACAACGGCCAACCGGAGAGCAACAACAACAACUACAGCAUCAAGGAGGAGGAAACCGGGGGCGACUGGGAGUCCGAAGGAGCCGCAAACGGAGCCAGCUCCAUUGGCUUGCCAAAUCCCACCGCUGACACCAGUCACACCAGAAGUCCUAAGAUGUCUUCCUCCGCUUCCGCCUCUCUCGGCCUGGACAAGUGCUCCAUGUCAGCCCUGGCCAAGCUGGAGGACGAGGACUUCUGCAUCCUGUCUAGUGAGGACUUUGAGGAUACCGAGGGGGAUUCUGGAGACAGAACGGACAGUACAUGCAGCCAAGUCAGACUGCCCCCUAGUGGCAGUCCGGAACUAUGCAGUGACGACAAGUCAGAGGGAGAAGAUCCACCACCCAGCAUUCCACACUACACCCUGAUCAUCAUUACAGCGCUGGUCUACGGGUACUUUGUGUUGCCACUGCCCACCUACGUUGGGGGUAUGCUGCUGGGAGUGGGACUAGGGUUCAUGCUAGCUAUCGCUGUGGUGUGGUUGGCCGGACCCAAGUCUUCUGGCAAUCGCACCAGACAUCCCAGACACCAGGGGAAGCUGUGGAACAUGGCCCAGCUGGGCAUCAAAGAGCCAAGCAUCUUCAAGGUGAGGAACUCCAUGGUCUUAUAACCUAUUGGGCCUCUAACCCCUCCUCAGGGACCCCCAGAUGUUUCACAAUUUAGUUGUACCCUAGAACUACCACACACCUGAUUCACUAAUCAAGGGCUUAAUGAUUAGUUGAGAAGUUGAAUCAGUAGUGCUAGCUCUGGAAUAGAGCAAAUUCAUUGCGGGUCCCCGAGGAGAGGUUUGAAAACACUGUAAAACCAAUUCACUGAAUAUAUGCAGAAAUCCAUGGUCACACAAAUAGGCAGUGGUGCUGAACACAGACCCAAAAUGAAAGAUUCCUAAGCCCAUGUUAUUAUUACGUAGCUAAUGGCUGGAUUUCUAUUCGUUAACAAUGAGAGACCUGCUGUGGUAAAGUAUCACGUUGAACUUUCCCAAUAGUUGUGUUAUAUCAGAGCAAAGCUGCUUUAGACCGACCAUUAGAAAGAUUGAUUUCUCAGGGUUGACCUGUAAUUCACUAGCCUUGAUCCCAUUAGUGUUCAUUGUAAAUUUAAGAAGAAGCCUGAUGACCGUCUUGUAGCCUGGUCUGCGUUUGUCAAUGUAAUACUGUUUACAUAAAAGCACCUUAAAAUACUUUCACAUGAAACUUCCAAUGUUCUCAAAUUUUUCAGAAAUCCUAGUUUAGUCCCUCCUAAUUCCAGGAAUCCUCCAACUGGGACUUCUUAAUAACCUGGGAACUUUGGGAAUUGUGCAACCCUUGUAGAGAAUUAAUUGUAAGAGCACUAGACCAGGUCUCUUUUUAUACUGACUGAUUACCUACAUGUAACUGCCAAAAUAAAGGAAACACCAGCAAAGUUUCUUAAUAGGGCGUUGGGCCAACAUGAGCCGCCAGAACAGCUUAAAUGCACUGUGGCAUAGAUUCUACAAGUGUCUGGAACUCUAUUGGAGGGAUGCGACACCAUUCUUACAUGAGAAAUUCCAUCAUUUGGUGGUGUUUUGUUGAUGGUGGUGGAAAAUGCUGUCUCAGGCACUGCUCCAGAAUCUCCCAUAAGUGUUCAGUUGGGUUGAGAUCUGGUGACUGAGACACAAACAGACUCUCACUCACACACACACACACACACACGCACACACACACACACACACACACACACACACACCCUAUGCUCCUUUGAAACCCCUCUUUCAAAGUCACUGAGAUCUCUUCUAGACAUUGUAGACAAAAUAAUGGGCAAAAGGGCAUCUUUAUAUGUGACACUAAGCAUGAUGGGAUAUUCAUUUCUUAAUUAACUCAGGAACCACACCUGUGUGGAAGCACCUGCAUUCAAUAUAUUUGUAUCCCUUAUUUACACAAGGUUCCUUUAUUUUGGCAGUUACCUGUACAACGUUUGCGCACCCAUCAUGAUCCGUGACUGGCUUAAAGGGAUACUUCGGGAUUUUAGCAAUGAGGCCAUUUAUCUACUUCCCCAGAGUCAGAUGAACUAGUGGAUACCAUUUUAUGUCUCUGUGUCCAGUAUGAAGGAAGUUAGAGGUAGUUUCGGAAGCCAAUGCUAACUAACGUUAGCACAAUGACUGGAAGUCUAUGGGUAUCUGCUAGCAUCCUGUCACAGACCCUUCUAUUAUUCUCCUCUAGUUUCCUUACUAGUAUCUCAUCUAGACAAAUGCAGACGACUGUUGUAACAGCACACAUAAAGUGCCAUUCAGAGAAGAAAUACGCCUAUUUGAGCAUCAAAUGAGAUCAUCCACGCUUCGACUCUCUCACCGCUUUGAUGUCAGAGGGAGCAAAAGAGCGAGACUCCGAGGCAAAUAUACCUCAUCCUCCAUUGUUAGCGCUAAUGGACAAUAAAUUACCUGAGGGAAGUUGUAUUAGUGCUAGCCAGCUGGCUCAUUUAGCAGCAUUAGCACUCAAAUGGAUCAGACAGAGAAUAGUCACUGUGGCUGUAUAUCAUACUCAAAGCCUGUUAGCCUACUCUCUCUUCACUGCUAAUGCCCUCCAUAGCUUGCCAGGCAGUAGUAGACUCUGUGGGAAAGUGAUCACCCCAUGUCCCGUGGCCCUCUUCCAAAUGUUGUCACCUCUGGACUGACUGGCUGCGAAAGCCAGUCGGUCAGUCACAUAAUAUAAUGGAGAGGGUUCACUGUCUUGUUUGACCCCCACAUAUUGGAAAGCUGAUGAUAACAUCACCGGCAGGCAGCACACAAACACAUUAACUGGCAGGCUUUACUGUCCCGGGCUUGGCCUUCUCAGUCAAAGGGACAGUGAAUGGUGGUGUUAUGGACACAAAGGGGAUAGGCUUUGUUCAGGACAAGUAUGAGAAUUUGGUGACAACAAUGUCUUCUCUCUCUCUUUCUCUCUCAUUCUCUCACAUGCCCGCUCUGUCUCCUCUCUUUUUUCUGUCUUUAUUUCUGUCAUUCUAUCUCUCUCCCAUCUCCCUCUCUUCAUAUCUAGCUGUGGGAGCAUUAGACCCAGCACAUCUAAGCCUAUAUCAAGUUUCCUGCAGGAGACUUGUGUGUCUGUGAUGGCAAAGCUCUAGGGGCCAUCUUGAUCUCUGUGAGGAGGAAGGGACGAGAUGAGACUAGAGGGAUGCGUCCUAAAUGGCACCCUAUUCCUUAUAUAGUGCACUACUUCAGACUCGAGGGGUAGACGAGGGGUAGAGGCAGCAAGUUACUAGAUGACUGCUGUCGAGAUUUUACUAUCCUCUUCAAUCUACUGCCGUUGGAUGAGGAUUUUAUUAGUGGUUCAAGGACAAACCAGCGGUGCAAUAUUUCUCAACACAUGUUGGAAUUGUAUAACGUGAACAAUAUGCACUAGUUGUAAAAGUGAUAAUAGCCACUAGGAGCAACCAGUUUCAAUCUUCACUAUACCUAACCCACAGUGCAGACCAUCAGGGUUGAGGUCAAGUCAUGGAUUGUUGUGUGUUUGAAUCUCUGUGAUGGCAUCACCAUUCUUUGAAGGUUAAGCAUUUUAGAAGUUACUGGUCCCGUCUGUGGCAUAGGACAUGGUCAGGGAUUUAGACCAACUUGAUUUCCACCCCUUAGAUUUGAUUAGGCCUAGUAGUUUAAUUAAGCUCUUGGUAGCAGUGACAUUAGAACACACACACACACACACACACACAUAUACACACACACACACAGACAGGGUGCAGUCUAAGCCAGCAGGAGUGAUUUAUGAGGAAAACACAGCUAGAUAAAUCAUAAAGUUUUAAAAUUGACCUCAACACAAAAUAUGUUUGUAACCUAUUUUUCCAAAAAUAAAUGGAAUUUUUGACCCACCCACUACAUCAUUUUGGUCUAACUACACACAUGGGGCGCCCUAACUCACAAAGAGACUGGGUUUUCAUUUUAAUACAUAGUGCCUGUUCAUAAAUUGAAAUGACAACGCAAACAAACCCAGUGAAGGAGCUGAAAGCAACACACACACACACACGUAGGCAGAGGAACUUCAAAGGCUAUCUGCUAAGCCAGAGAAACAAUGAAAUGAUUGGCUCAGGUCUAUUGGCAAGACAUGCAUCAUACUUCUCAACAGCCUGCUGUGAGCAUUACCAAAUCCUUCUGAUCCAGCCUAUCCGUUCUAGACCAUUUUUACACACACACAAACUAAAUCACAAUGAUUGUGAUUUAGUUUCUAUACAUAGACGGAAUCAAAUGUUCAUGCAUUUAGCAUUAAUUUGCUUUGUCAGCUGCAUAAAAUCAUUGUAAAGUCUUUCCGGAAGGGUUCAGCAGGGCAAGAGGUUCAUACAGUGCAUUCAGAAAGUAUUCAGACCCCUUGACUUUUUCCACAUUUUGUUACUUUACAGCCUUAUUCUAAAAUGUGUGUGUGUGUGUGUGUAUGUGUAUAUAUAUAUAUAUAUAUAUAUAUAUAUAUAUAUAUAUAUAUAUAUAUAUAUAUACACACACACACACACACACAUACAGUGGGGAGAACAAGUAUUUGAUACACUGCCGAUUUUGCAGGUUUUCCUACUUACAAAGCAUGUAGAGGUCUGUCAUUUCUAUCAUAGGUACACUUCAACUGAGAGAGACGGAAUCUAAAACAAAAAUCCAGAAAAUCACAUUGUAUGAUUUUUAAGUAAUUAAUUUGCAUUUUAUUGCAUGACAUAAGUAUUUGAUACAUCAGAAAAGCAGAACUUAAUAUUUGGUACAGAAACCUUUGUUUGCAAUUACAGAGAUCAUACGUUUCCUGUAGGUCUUGACCAGGUUUGCACACACUGCAGCAGGGAUUUUGGCCCACUCCUCCAUACAGACCUUCUCCAGAUCCUUCAGGUUUCUGGGCUGUCGCUGGGCAAUACGGACUUUCAGCUCCCUCCAAAGAUUUUCUAUUGGGUUCAGGUCUGGAGACUGGCUAGGCCACUCCAGGACCUUGAGAUGCUUCUUACGGAGCCACUCCUUAGUUGCCCUGGCUGUGUGUUUCGGGUCGUUGUCAUGCUGGAAGACCCAGCCACGACCCAUCUUCAAUGCUCUUACUGAGGGAAGGAGGUUGUUGGCCAAGAUCUCGCGAUACAUGGCCCCAUCCAUCCUCCCCUCAAUACGGUGCAGUCGUCCUGUCCCCUUUGCAGAAAAGCAUCCCCAAAGAAUGAUGUUUCCACCUCCAUGCUUCACGGUUGGGAUGGUGUUCUUGGGGUUGUACUCAUCCUUCUCCUUCCUCCAAACACGGCGAGUGGAGUUUAGACCAAAAAGCUCUAUUUUUGUCUCAUCAGACCACAUGACCUUCUCCCAUUCCUCCUCUGGAUCAUCCAGAUGGUCAUUGGCAAACUUCAGAUGGGCCUGGACAUGCGCUGGCUUGAGCAGGGGGACGGCGUUAGGGUGUUACUAAUGGUUUUCUUUGAGACUGUGGUCCCAGCUCUCUUCAGGUCAUUGACCAGGUUCCUGCCGUGUAGUUCUGGGCUGAUCCCUCACCUUCCUCAUGAUCAUUGAUGCCCCACGAGGUGAGAUCUUGCAUGGAGCCCCAGACCGAGGGUGAUUGACCGUCAUCUUGAACUUCUUCCAUUUUCUAAUAAUUGCGCCAACAGUUGUUGCCUUCUCACCAAGCUGCUUGCCUAUUGUCCUGUAGCCCAUCCCAGCCUUGUGCAGGUCUACAAUUGUAUCCCUGAUGUUCUUACACAGCUCUCUGGUCUUGGCCAUUGUGGAGAGGUUGGAGUCUGUUUGAUUGAGUGUGUGGACAGGUGUCUUUUAUACAGGUAACGAGUUCAAACAGGUGCAGUUAAUACAGGUAAUGAGUGGAGAACAGGAGGGCUUCUUAAAGAAAAACUAACAGGUCUGUGAGAGCCGGAAUUCUUACUGGUUGGUAGGUGAUCAAAUACUUAUGUCAUGCAAUAAAAUGCAAAUUAAUUACUUAAAAAUCAUACAAUGUGAUUUUCUGGAUUUUUGUUUUAGAUUCCGUCUCUCACAGUUGAAGUGUACCUAUGAUAAAAAUGACAGACCUCUACAUGCUUUGUAAGUAGGAAAACCUGCGAAAUCGGCAGUGUAUCAAAUACUUGUUCUACCCACUGUAUAUAUAUUAUUAUUAUUUUAUUUUUUAUCUCAUCAGUCUACACAUAAUACCCCAUAAUGACAAAGCGAAAACAGGUUUUUAGAAAUGUUAGUACAUUUAUUACAAAGCGAAAACAGAAAUACCUUAUUUACGUAAGUAUUCAGACCCUUUGAGACUAUGAGACUCGAAAUUGAGCUCAGGUGCAUCCUGUUUCCAUUGAUCAUCCUUGAGAUGUUUAUACAACUUGAUUGGAGGCCACCUGUGGUAAAUUCAGUUGAUUGGACAUGAUUUGGAAAGGCACACACCUGUCUAAUAUUAGGUCCCGCAGUUGACAGUGCAUGUCGGCGCAAAAACCAAGCCAUGAAGUCGAAGGAAUUGUCCUUAGCACUCCGAGACAGGAUUGGGUUGAGGCACAGAUGUGGGGGAAGGAUACCAAAAAAUUACUGCAGCAUUGAAGGUCCCCAAGAACACAGUGCCUUCCAUCAUUCUUAAAUGGAAGAAGUUUAGAACCACCAAGACUCUUCCUGGAGCCAGCCGCCCGGGCAAACUGAGCAAUCGGGGGGAAGGGCCUUGGUCAGGGACGUGACCAAGAACCCGAUGGUCACUGACAGAGCUCCAGAGUACCUCUGUGGAGAUGGGAGAACCUUCCAGAAGGACUACCAUCUCUGCAGCACUCCACCAAUCUGGCCUUUAUGGUAGAGUGGUCAGACGGAAGCCACUCCUCAGUAAAAGGCACAUGACCGCCCGGUUGGAGUUUGCCAAAAGGCACCUAAAGACUCUCAGACCAUGAGAAACAACAUUCUCUGGUCUGAUGAAGCCAAGAUUGAACUCUUUGGCCUCGAAUGCCAUGCAUCACAUCUGGAGGAACCCAGGCACCACCCCUACGGUGAAGCAUGGUGGUGGCAGUAUCAUGCUAUGGGGAUGUUUUUCAGCAGCAGGGACUGGGAGACUAGUCAGGUUCGAGGGAAAGAGGAGUAGAGAGAGAUCCUUGAUGAAAACCUGCUCCAGAGCGCUUAGGACAACGACCCGAAGCACAGCUAAGACAAAGCAGGAGUGGCUUCGGGACAAGUCUCUGAAUGGCCUUGACUGGCCCGAACCCGAUCGAACAUCUCUGGAGAGACCUGAAAAUAGCUGUACAGCGACACACCCCAUCCAACCUGACAGAGCUUGAGAGGAUCUGCAGAGAAGAAUGACAAGCUUGUCGCGUCCUACCCAAGAAGACUCAAGGUUGUAAUCGCUGCCAAAGGUGCUUCAACAAAGUACUGAGUAAAGGGUCUGAAUACUUAUGUAAAUGUUAUAUUUCUGUUUUUUAUUACAAAGUAGAUACCUCAAAUGUUAAUUGAUUGAUAGAUUGGUUUAAUGUCAUUGGUUGAUUGUUCCAUUCGUUUGUCCAUUGAUUGAUUGACCUGACUGAUUUCCCUAUCUCCCCCUGCAGGGCUGGAUGAACGAGAUAGUGAACUAUGACCCGGAGACAUACCACGCCACUCUGACCCACUCUGUGUAUGUGAGACUGGAGGGCUCCAUCCUGCGCCUGUCCAAACCCAACCGCAACAUCACCCGGCGGGCCACGCAUAACGAAACCAAGCCCGACGUCACCUACAUCAGCCAGAAGAUCUAUGACCUCACUGACAGCAAGGUGGGUGCGUUUCCCCUAGGUACAGAUUUAGGAUCCGCUUCCCCUCCCCAAUCCUAACCUUUACCAUUAAAGUGGAAAAUGCAGAUUGACCCAAGAUCAGCUAUGGGCGGGGUUGUGGGUGCAUGUGUCACCAUCUGCUAUAUAUUACAUAUAACAUACUUGAUGUGUAUACUUGGCCCUGGUCUUGGUGUCAGGUUUGGGUUCAUUUUCAAUUGAAGUUCCCAUUAUGCCACACACACACCCAACUCAAUCAAUCCUUCUAUUCCCUCUCUAGAUCUAUCUGGUGCCCCAGAGUCUGGCCAGGAAGCGCGUGUGGAACAAGAAGUACCCUGUCUGCAUCGAGCUAGCCAAGCAGGAUGACUUCAUGUCCAAGGCAGAGGGCGACUGCAGCGAAACCACAGACGAGAAAGCCACAACCACAGGAGAGGCGACCGUGGGGACGGAGGAGGCCAAAAGGUCCAGUGGUCCAGAGCUGACCCUGUACCUGUUUGGUCGAACGGGGAGGGAGAAGGAGGAGUGGCACCGGAGGAUCCUGCUGGCCUCCAACCCUCCCAAGACAGGGAUGAAGAGAGCCACCAGUCUGCAGGGGAGUAAGACUGGUGAGUGGAUGGAUCUAGGUGCCAGACAUACACACACACACACUCACGGACAAACGCAAACACUUACACACACAUUCUUCCAAACUUGUUAUUUACAGGAAGUUAUCGUCUGGCAUGGUUGCACAGAUAUAGUGUGACAAUGUGAAAGUGACUGAGGAAAGUGCAAGACCACAUUUGUAUUUCAUAAUGCACAUGCAAUAUAUUGAUCCUGCUGCAUCUUUCUAAUAUCUUGUUGACCUUUCACCCUCCUGUCAGCCUUGAGCUCCCACAGCCGCAGCAGCAGCCGGAGCAGUCUGGACGAGGUGCUAGCGUCUCAGCCCAGGACCAGGGACUCAACAGCAGGCAUAGCAGCCAAGACUAAGUCCCUACUGGACUACAGUGUCUACAUGGCCACGCUAGUGCCCCCCGAGACUGGCACUGCCACUACUACUGCCACCCCCAUCGCUGCCACUAGUCCCGUAGUCCAGAGUCCACAGAGUAGCCCUGGGUCGGGCAAGAAGGUACACCUUCAACCCCCUCCCUUAUUUCUUUAUCUCUUUUAGUCUUUUUUUCUUUCUUUUUUUCCUUUACUGUACUAUACUCUAUUGUUAAAUGAAUCUAUAAUUUCUUUACAUUCUACAUAAUUUCUGUAAAUAAUCUCAAUUACAGUACACAGUUGUGCGUAAAUUAGUAUUUAUCUCGCUUCCUUUUUUUCUCCACUUGUGUCCCCGCCUCCCUACCAGUUGCCGAGCAGCAGCAGCAUUGGCCCUGUCGUGGUGCAGGGGGAGGAGGAGCCUGUUGCCUGGGUGAACACUGUGAUUGGCCGGGUGGCAUGGGACUUCCUGAGCGAGCCCUACUGGGCCGAUGUGGUCUCCAAGAAGAUCCAGAUGAAACUCAGCAAGAUCCGGGUGGGUGGCCUUCGACCUCUCACCUCUCACAUAUGACCUUGCUGUGACAAAGGGCUCAUGUGUUUAAAAGAGCAUUCUUACACUGUUGUAGCUAUACUGUAUUCAAAUCAAAUCAAAUCAAAUGUUAUUGGUCACAUGCGCCGAAUACAACAGGUGCAGACAUUACAGUGAAAUGCUUACUUACAGCCCUUAACCAACAGUGCAUUUAUUUUUAACAAAAAAAGUAAAAAUAAAACAACAACAAAAAAAGUGUUGAGAAAGAAAAGAGCAGAAGUAAAAUAAAGUGACAGUAGGGAGGCUAUAUAUACAGGGGGGUACCGCUGCAGAGUCAAUGUGCGGGGGCACCGGCUAGUUGAGGUAGUUGAGGUAAUAUGUACAUGUGGGUAGAGUUAAAGUGACUAUGCAUAAAUAAUUAACAGAGUAGCAGCAGCGUAAAAAGGAUGGGGUGGGGGGGCAGUGCAAAUAGUCCGGGUAGCCAUGAUUAGCUGUUCAGGAGUCUUAUGGCUUGGGGGUAGAAGCUGUUGAGAAGUCUUUUGGACCUAGACUUGGCACUCCGGUACCGCUUGCCGUGCGGUAACAGAGAGAACAGUCUAUGACUAGGGUGGCUGGGUAUUCUGUUACCACUGAGCUCCAGAGGUUCAACAGAGCAGAUCGAAGGACAGAAAAUGGAGGGAUGAAGAAGAUGGAGUGCAAGGUUUAUUUGGCUCGGAAGGAGGGAAGAGGGGUAGAAAGAGAGGAGCCAUGCAUGCCUAAUAAAGAAAAAGAUACCAGGGGUUUUAUGCCUCACAGUUGAUCCUUACUACUCUGCAGACACACACACACACACACACUCUAAAUGUCAGCCACUGCCGCUGUGCAGCCCCGCCACAGGACUCAGAGACUCCACACUGGGUUCAGAGAGAGAACCUCAUCCCUCUCUCUCUCCAUCCCUCCGUCCCUGUUUUGAUCCUGGUCCUUCGAUUAUCCCCAUUGUGUCAUCUUUGGGGUUGUUACUAGUCCCACGAUAGCCCUUCGUCUGGUCCUAUUCCCAAUGUCAUGUGGUGAUGUUGGCUGUUAGUCUUGUUUUCUCAGCUAGCCGGCGUGGGGGAGUCGAUAGGGGCCUUUGUGGCAGAUGAGAAUGACUGGUAGAAUGUGGGAAAUGUAGAAGGAGUGAGUGGUCUGUUACCAUUAUCCUUUAACUUGCACUUACUGUACGUACCCCUGCAGCUGCAGACCUUUUGUAUGUGUGUAUUUAUGCUUGUAUAAUGAGUGUGUGUGUGUGUGUGUGUGUGUGCUCAUAAUGUCUGCGUAAAGACAUCUACUUGACCGUUUCUUUCUCCUCCAGCUCCCCUACUUCAUGAACGAGCUGACCUUGACAGAGCUGGACAUGGGUGUGGCCACUCCCAGAAUCCUUGGCGCCUCCAAACCCUCAGUGGACCACCAAGGUAAGAACCCUGGGCAUGUGCUACUGUACUGUCCAUCAACCAAAUCCUGACCAGUGAAGAAAACUGCAAUGCAUUGUGUUUAUACACACACUCAAACACACAUACUGUGCCACACAAACACACACUGUGCAAUGUGCUAUUAGCGGGGUUGAAUUCAACUUCACACCGCCCCAUCGUUGCAAUUUAUCCCCCUCCGCGGUGACAUAGUGCCAGAGGCAGAGGUAUCAUUUAGAGCCGUGCUGUGCAAUCUGUUUAUUAGAAUCACAAUUUCAUUCAGGAAGGCCCUUUACGAGAAGGUAUAUACUGUAGAUUCAAUCUAGCAUGGUUCUCUAUAAGCAUAAGGGCAGUAUUGUGAGCAUGGGUGUUUGUAUGUCUGUGUCUAAUAUGUCGACAUUGGUUGGAGUCUUCUUAUCAGUACAGGAAGUCAAGCUUUCUUAUCUGCGGUGUGGGCUGAUAGCCAUAUGAUACGAGUUAAAGUGCUACAGGUCCAGGAUACACACAGUCUCUCUCUCUCACACACGCACAUGCUCGCAGGCGCGACCCACACACACACACGUAUGGCGCACUGUUGAUUUACAUCCUCCGAUUAUUCGCACACGACACGCUACUGUUUAACACGCGUACAUUUUCUCUCUCUUUUCACACACACUCCACACUCAGCUCUGUCCUAGUACGGAAGUGUCCGUGUGUCUUGUGACUACUCCCCACCCCUUCCUUAUCCAGCCCCUUUCUCUGACUAAUAAGAUUGUAAUACUAGGGCUCUGUGUUGAGUUCACCGGCUCUGUCAUAACCCCUGGACCAGGGGACAACAACACCACUGACAGACACAAUGUAAUGCUAGCUAACAGCGCUAACAAAAACCAAGACACCACAGUGACAGCAGAUAUAGCAAUGCUAACAAUGCUAAGUGCUUACAAUAACACCAUUGACAGAAACAAUGUAAUGCUAGCUAACAGCGCUAACAACAACAAGAGACCACAGUGACAGCAGAGAUAACAAUGCAAACAAUAACAACAGUGACAAUGGUGAUGGCCUCGACGCUAACGACGGCAGCAACAACAACAAAAGAUGAGUGUCUUUUACAUAGCCACUUAGCCAGUCAUGUUAACAACAGCAACGAUCACAACAACAUGUUUUAGGCUGGUCAUUCAUUCAGCAUUAGAAAAAGCUAUGAUGGCGAAGGAGGAUACACAUUUGGAAAGGGUUAAGGCUGCACACACACUCUCACACACACACAUAAACCAUAUGAUCGAAAAGUAAUGGGAAUAGAUUAUUAAUUGAACGAGAUGCCAGACGUGUCGAUGAUGACUUAAUGCUUCCAUUCUAUAUUGUAAGACUAUCUAAGAAUAAGAAUUUUAACAUUACGUUAAUCAACAGAGGGAGCAUGUGCAAUCCCAGUAGGGGCAAUAGCUCAACUCAAUAUCACAAAUUGACAACAUUAUCAAUGAAUAUAUCUAAUAAGAAGAAUUAGAUCAUUAUGUUCCACAAGAGUCUACCCAAUCCUGAUAGGCGUUUACUCACUCAAUAUCACUAAUUGACAACAUUAUCGAUGAAGAACAUACUAUGUUAGUUAAACUCUUGUUUAUAAUAUUAUGCUAGUGUGAUGGAAUGUGGUUUGUGGGCAAAUGCCUUGCUAAGUGCAAUGUAAUCAAGUCCUGAGCAGUUGAGUGGGUCCCAUGGUUAUCUGUUAGACUGAGUAAAUAAUGGUUGAGGUACAUAGGGGCCAUAGUCUUGGCUGUUAGUUGCACAACCAGCUUCUCAGUACAAACACACUGCAGUUUGUAUAGUACAGUUGAGCAUAGGUUUGGACAAUACAUAAUAUUAAUAUUACUAGUAAUAAAUGCCUCAACUUUGGUAGAGUGACUGUCUGUUGGUUGCUUCCUAGCCGAAGCAGAGUAUCUCUCGUAACAUCUAACCAUCCAGCACCUUACCUUCCGUAUUUGCACAGUAGGUAAUCAUUAUUGGGUGCAUACAUUUACAUUUACAUUUUAGUCAUUUAGCAGACGCUCUUAUCCAGAGCGACUUACAGUUAGUGAAUACAUAUUUUUUUAUACUGGCCCCCCGUGGGAAUCGAACCCACAACCCUGGCGUUGCAAACGCCAUGCUCAAUCAACUGAGCUACAUCCCUGCCGGCCAUUCCCUCCCCUACCCUGGACGACGCUGGGCCAAUUGUGCGCCGCCCAUGAGUCUACACAUCACAUGUCAUUUCUGGGUACAUACACCCUUAAGGAAGUUAUGCCCCACAGUAUAGAUGUUCUUGCAUCUUAUUACUGUGUAAAUAUUAGGAGAGAUGGCGUCAUAUGAUAUGUAGAUUAGAUACUUUACAUUCUAGUAAUGGCCAAAGAUGACUGGCCAACUUAAUGCCCCACCCCAUUGGGGCAUGGCCCUCCUAUGGCCUCUAAUUGGCUAGGGCCCAGCCAUGAACCUGCUUCCCCCAUGGGCCUGAGUUACAGACAGGAAGAGAGAAACACUAGUGAAAGAAUGUGUGUUUCUACAUCUGGCAUUCGGAUCGUCGCUUCUCUCUCUCUCUACCCAUCUCUCUCUCCUUCUCUGUCUUUCUACAGUACCCAUCUUUCUUUCAUUCUACCAGUUUCUCUGUUCCCUCUCUGUUCCUCAUGCUAUUUCUUCCUGUUUUUGCCAAACACUGUCUGUUUCUUUCUCUCUGUGUCUCCCUGCUGUACCUCAGAGUCACUGCCACCAGUGUUUUGUCAUUUUUAUCACAUCCGCUUAGAUGAGACUUAAUGAGAAAGGAAAUGGAUUGCACCACAGGCUAAGAGGGGAACAGAUUAUGUUGGAUCAGAGUUGGAGGAAUGCACUUCCACUACACUCAGGAGGACUGGGUUAUGUUCAUUAGUCACCAAACAGUAAAGCAUUGAGUGAAAUGGGGAGGGGCUACUUACACUUUUCCAAUAAGAAUGAACAUGACCCAGGCUUCCACAAACACUUUGUUGUUGUUAUGGGUUGAAGGAGUAAUCAGCGUUCUGGGAAAAUACAGUUUUAUUGCCUGAUGUUAUGCAAUGUAAUGUUUUGCAAGAUGUAAGAUGUUGUCAAUAAUAUGGUGGUUCGAUCCAACUAGGUUACAGAGUCCCACUAUCUCGCACCCAAAUGUUAGGCAACCCCACUGCAGUCCACCCCCCCCCGAACUGGCAAUGUGCAGGUUAACAGACAAAUAUUUGCUAGAAUUCAACAACGUUUGAAUCAUUUGCAUUGGAACAAGAGUAUGCAACUAUAAUGUUUCUAAAGGAAAAGAUUCCUCUAGCUUACAUUCUAAAGAAACGUGGGUAUAAUCCAAAAGAGUUAGAGAGGCCCAGUCUGCGGUGUGCAGCCUGCCUGUCCUCCAGGCAGCUCAAGGUCUCUGCCUUCUGCCCUUACUGGAACUGCUGGGCAACCACGAUCAAUACAAAUCACUGGCAGUGGAACAGAGGGUGGACCUAAGGACCAACAUCUGUCUGUCUGUGUGCUUGUGUGUCUAUGCUUGUGUGUGUGUGCGCAUACGUGCACUCGCUUGUAUGCUUUUGUGCCAGAGUGUGUACUUUCCUGCGUGCUUUCACGUUCAUAUCCUUCCUUCCUCCUAGCCUGUAUGCAUGGGAGUGCUCUGCUCUUCUGACUCCUCACCAGGCCAGCUCACCCCAAUUAAGCCGGGGUUGGCCCUUCUAUACUGCUCUCGCAGCUAGCGAUUUGGGGCUCCUCUCCCCACGCUAUCAGACCAACAGCCCUGCCCUCCCUAAACCCCUAACGCUGUCGGACACAGCCUUAUUAUCACCAGGGCCCUCCAGGUCCAGACAGGGUUAGGCAAGGGCCACAAGUCCCCGGGGGGUGGGUGUGUGCCUCUGGUGUCACAGGGCUGCCUUGUGGUCACUUAGCACAGCUAGCGUUCAGGCUUGGAGAAGACGGUGUUGAGAAAGAUGCACAGCUACUCCAACCCUUCUCUCUGGGAGUGUUCACCCCAUAGGCGAAUGGUGUCACUAGUUGGUUUUCAUGCAUAGUUCCUAGUCUUUUCAACCUGCUGUGUUUCUGUGAAAGCAACAGGAACAGUGAGGCUACAGGUCAUCCCAGCACAUUGAUGGCUUGCUGGCUUAUGGGCUUUCAACUCAAACGUUACUCUGUUUAUGAUUUUCCUCUCUUAAGCAUAAAGUCCUAGGUACAUUACCUUGGAUGAAAGCCCACUAAAAAACUGGCCUACAAUACUAAUUUAAAUUGAAUAUAAUACUCAUUGCUAAUAAAAUGUUUACCUAAUCUUUGUCUGUCUAGCUAUUAAGUUUAUUCUAACUGUAAGUAGGCCUAACAUCUGCCAUUUCAAAGCAGUGUAGUGCCAUACAGGAGACAUACAGCUGUCUUUCUGUACACAGUGUUCUAAGACACGCCAUGAUAAAGAAGACCUUGUUAUAUAGAGGAUGUAUGUUAUUCAAUUACAGACUCGUACAGAGCUUCACUGUUUGGAGGGGGAUAGGAGUCUCUAAUUGUCCAGUGUGCGUGUGUGUACUAUGUACAGUGCAUUCGUAAAGUUUUCAGACCCCUUUACUUUUUCUACAUUUUGUUACAUUACAGCCUUAUUCUAAAAUUGAUUACAUUGUUUUUUUCCCCCCUCAUCAAUCAACACACAAUACCCCAUUAUGACAAAGCAAAAACAGGUUUUUAGAAAUGUAUGUAUGUAUGUGUGUAUAUAUAUAUAUACACACACACACAUUACCAGUCAAAAGUUUGGACACCUACUCAUUCAAGGGUUUUUCUUUAUUUUUACUAUUUUCUACAUUGUAGAAUAAUAGUGAAGACCAACACUAUGAAAUAACACAUAUGGAAUCAUGUAGUAACCAAAAAAGGGUUAAACAAAUCAAAAUAUAUUUUAUAUUUGAGAUUCUUCAAACAGCCACCCUUUGCCUUGAUGACAGCUUUGCACACUCUUGGCAUUCUCUCAACCAGCUUCACCUGGAGUGCUUUUCCAACAGUCUUGAAGGAGUUCCCACAUAUGCUGAGCACUUGUUGGCUGCUUUUCCUUCACUCUGCCAUCCGACUCAUCCCAAACCAUCUCAAUUGGGUUGAGGUCGGGGGAUUGUGGAGGCCAGAUCAUCUGAUGCAGCACUCCAUCACUCUCCUUCUUGGUAAAAUAGCCCUUACACAGCCUGGAGGUGUGUUGGGUCAUUGUCCUGUUGAAAAACAAAAGAUAGUCCCACUAAGCCCAUACCAGAUGGGAUGGCGUAUCGCUGCAGAAGGCUGUGGUAGCCAUGCUGGUUAAGUGUGCCUUGAAUUCUAAAUAAACCACAGACAGUGUCACCAGCAAAGCACCCCCACAACAUAAUACCUCCUCCUCCAUGCAUUACGGUGGGAACUACACAUGCGGAGAUCAUCCGUUCACCCACACCGCGUCUCACAAAGACACGGCGGUUGAAACCAAAAAUCUCCAAUUUGGACUCCAGACCAAAGGACACAUUUCCACCGGUCUAAUGUCCAUCGCUCGUGUUUCUUGGCCCAAGCAGGUCUCUUCUUCUUAUUGGUGUCCUUUGGUAGUGGUUUCUUUGCAGCAAUUUGACCAUGAAGGCCUGAUUCACACAGUCCCCUCUGAACAGUUGAUGUUGAGAUGUGUCGGUGACUUGAACUCUGUGAUGCAUUUAUUUGGGCUGCAAUUUCUGAGGCUGGUAACUCUAUGAACAUAUCCUCUGCAGCAGAGGUAACUCUGGGUCUUCCAUUCCUGUGGCGAUACUCAUGAGAGCCAGUUUCAUCAUAGCGCUUGAUGGAGUUUGCGACUGCACUUGAAGAAACAUUCAGUUCUUGAAAUUUCCCGUUUCUCUUUGCUUAUUUGAGCUGUUCUUGCCAUAAUAUGGACUUGGUCUUUUACCAAAUAGGGCGAUCUUCUGUAUACCCCCCCUACCUUGUCACAACACAACUGAUUGGCUCAAACGCAUUAAGAAAUUCCACAAAUUUACUUUUAACAAGGCACACCUGUUAAUUUAAAUGCAUUCCAGGUGACUACCUCAUGGAGGUGGUUGAGAGAAUGCCAAGAGUGUGCAAAGCUGUCAUCAAGGCAAAGGGUGUCUAUUUGAAGAAUCUGAAAUAUAAAAUAUAUUUUGAUUUGUGUAAAAAACAAACAUGAUUCCAUAUGUAUUAUUUCAUAGUUUUGAUGUCUUCAUUAUUAUUCUACAAUGUAAAAAAAUAGAAAAAACGUUUGACUGGUUGUGUAUAUAAAUGGAAAUAUUACAUUUUACAUAAAUAUUCAGACCCUUUACUCAGUACUUUGUUGACGCACCUUUGGCAGCGAUUACAGCCUCAAGUGUUCUUGGGUAUUUCUCCCAUUCUUCUAUGCAGAUCCUCUCAAGCUCUGUCAGGUUUGAUAGGGAGCGUCGCUGCACAGCUAUUUUCAAGUCUCUCCAGAGAUGUUAGAUCGGGUUCAAGUCCGGGCUCUGGCUGGGCCACUCAAGGACAUUCAGAGACUUGUCCUGAAGCUACUCCUGCAUUGUCUUGGCUGUGUGCUUAGGGUCGUUGACCUGUUGGAAGUUGAACCUUCGCCCCAGUCUGAGGUCCUGAGCGCUCUGGAGCAGGUUUUCAUCAAGGAUCUCUCUACUUUGCUCCGUUCAUCUUUCCCUCGAUCCUGACUAGUCUCCCAGUCCCUACCACUGAAAAACAUCCCCACAGCAUGAUGCUGUCACCACCAUGCAUCACCGUAGGGAUGGUAUUGACCAGGUGAUGAGCGGUGCCUGGUUUCCUCCAGACUUGAGGCUUGGCAUUCAGGCCAAAGAGUUCAAUCUUGGUUUCAUCAGACCAGAGAAUCUUGUUUCUCAUGGUCUGAGAGUCCUUUAGGUGCCUUUUGGCAAACUCCAAGCGGGCUGUCAUGUGCCUUUUACUAAGGAGUGGCUUCCGUCUGGCCACUCUACCAUAAAGGCAUGAUUGAUGGAGUGCUGCAGAGAUGGUUGUCCUUCUGGAAGGUUCUCCCAUCUCCACAGAAGCACUCUGGAGCUCUGUCAGAGUGACCAUCGGGUUCUUGGUCACCUCCCUGACCAAGGCUCUUCUCCCCCGAUUGCUCAGUUUGGCCGGGCGGCCAGCUCUAGGAAGGGUCUUGGUGGUUCCAAAUCUUCUUCCAUUUAAGAAUGAUUGAGGCCACUGUGUUCUUGGGGACCUUCAAUGCUGCUGACAUUUUUUGGUACCCUUCCCCCAGAUCUGUGCCUCGACACAAUCCUGUCUCGGAGCUCUACGGACAAUUCCUUCGACCUCAUGGCUUGGUUUCUGAUCUGACAUGCACUGUCAACUGUGGAACCUUAUAUAGACUGGUGUGUGCCUUUCCAAAUCAUGUCCAAUCAAUUGAAUUUACCACAGGUGGACUCCAAUCAAGUUGUAGAAACAUCUCAAUGAUGAUCAAUGGAAAGAGGAUGCACCUGAGCUCAAUUUCGAGUCUCAUAGCAAAGGGUCUGAAUUCUUAUGUAAAUAAGGUAUUUCUGUUUUCAAUUUAUCUUUAUGGGUUAUUGAGUGUAGAUUGAUGAGGAACUAAAUUAAUUUAAUCAAUUUUAGAGUAAGGCUGUAAUAAUAAAAUGUGGAAAAAGUGAACAGGUCUGAAUAAUUUCCGAAUGCACUGUAUGUGUCUGUGUGUCGUCUAUUGAUUGACUGUCUAAUCAAGCCGGCUAGAAUUCCCAUCAUUCCUGCUGUGGGAGGUGUACAAGUGGUUUGUUAGUGGGAAGUCUUACUGUGUUGCUCAGAGAAAGUGUAUGUUCUCUCGCUCUGGCUUUCUCUCGCUCUCUGUCUCACUCUCGCUCUAUCUCGCUCUCACACACCCCUGCAUCAUCUAUCAACCCAGGAGUGCCCCCUAGUGGUGUAAAGUAGCACUCUCCCAAAGUACAGUUCCAUGAUGUGUGUGUGUGUGUGUGUUACCCUGUACGUGCUAGUGUGUAUUCACGUACUGUGCUGCUGUGUAAUGGGCCCCCUGUCGGAGAACACAGGCCUGCCCCAUGCGAGGGGGGCUUUGGGCCGGGGCCUUGAUAGGGGAUUUCUCUAACCCAGAUUAGCAGGGCUGGGGCUUUCGGGAAGAGAACCAUGUUUAUGCAGCGAGCAGCGUCCCCGCUGACAUCAAACGAGCGCUAUGAGGGGUAUCGCACGGUGUCCAACUGUUUCCCCUCUGUUCAAAGGGUCCUGUGAUCUCUCCCUCUUUCUCUCUUUUUGUAUCCCUCACUUCGGUUCUCUUCAACUGUCAGGCAAUGAGAGAAAGAUGGAGGGAAAGAGAGGGAGGGAGAUUUGAGAGGGGGAUGAACAUGGGGGUCCGAGAUGCUAGGGGGAGGGGAAGCGGCAGGGGAGCGAGGAAGAAUGGGCGAGGGAGGGAAGGGGAAGUGAAUGGCAGACUGAAGGCUAGUGACCUGGAGCAUUCGCCACAGACUGAGAACCUUUAGCCAGAUCCACUCAACUUUUAGGCUCUGCAGAUCUGGAAAGUGAAUCACUUACUGUAGUUUCCAAUUACUUUACUUUACCUGAAGCGCUGCUAUUCAGCACUGAUAUUUGUCUUCAUGCUACAGUCAAUGGUGGUAGGUUACUGUUCAAAGCUGGGUCAAGUAGUUUGGUUUGUCAAAAUGAUCAUCUGAUGUGUGUUCCUCCACUCCAUUGUGAUUCUUCCAAACACACACUGAAAUGUGUAAUUUCAACUACACACACGGACACGCACCCACACAAACUUGUCGUCCCCUGCCAUACACACACACUCACACUAACCUACGUCUGUCUGUCGCUCUCUCUCCCCCAGGUCUGUGGUUUGACUUGGAGAUUUCGUACAGCGGCUCCUUCCUGAUGACCCUGGAGACCAAGAUGAACCUGAUCAGACUGGGGAAGGACGGAGACGGGCUGCGCAUCAGAGACAUCAGCAAGGAUGGGUAAGGGGAAGGAACGGUCCUCACUAAACACAACACUGACUGGUGUGUGACCUACUCUGAUUGUAAAUGUUAAUUAUAGGGUUACGGUGUAGGGUUAACAGUAUUUUAACUUUGAAACAUUUAAUGAACAUAAUUGCUCUCAAGGGUUGUUGCACAGGGUGGAGUUUCCCACAGUAAACAUUUGUGUAGCCUACUCAGUGUAUGGGAAGUAUGAGACUUUCUCUUCACUAUCCAGUGGGAUAUUAACCUUAUGAAACGCUGCUUUGUUGACAAUUUUGCACUGACAUUUAGGUUUCCUGAAACAACUGUUAAAGGUUUACGCUGUUACAAAGGUUUACAAUGUUUUCCUACUCUGAACACAUGAUAUUGAGAGAAUUAGCUUUCCACAGGAUCAGGGGUUAGCUACAGUUAGCUUUUAACUCGUCUUCGCUGCACUCUACCUUUUCUCUUUCUUUCCUUCCUUCUGUUCCUGGACGUACCCUUACAUGGAUAUGUUCUUCACCUGGUGAGUGCUGAGUUUCUCUGGGGCAUUCUCUCGUUCCCAUUUUCAUUCCAUUUAAAUCUGGGGUUUUUGUGGUCAUUUCAUUACAUAUAGCUUCCAUCCCAUCUAACUGACAUUGUGAAUGGGUUCAUUUUGUCAGUGUUCAGAUUGUGUGUGUGUUUCUUCAUGUGAACUCUUAAACAAAGGGGAUCUCAAGAGGAUGCAUCAAUCCAUACUCAAUCAGUCUUUUCCAUUGCGCCUGGCUGAUGCUGUCGGCUAAUCAGCUGGUUACAGACUCAUUUUCAGCUGGCUAUAUUUUCCACUUCAUAUUAACAAGGUUACUUUUCAUUUAAAAGUUUCAAUUCGCUAGUCCGUGGAGCCCUCUCCCGCUAGAAUGAAUGAUAUGCAUCUUCUAAACAUCUAUUGAUAGGAUAGGCGCCUGUCAGUCACAAAGCGAGCGAUGACAGGGAAACGCAACAGAGAGGAAGAGGCGAAGCGAGAGGUUUCACUCUCACCAAACUCUUUCCAAAAUAGGCCCAAUGCGUUUCUAUGGGCUUAUUUUGGACAUAGGCUUGUCGCCUGUCUUCCCUUGUUUGGGACAACGACUCCCAUUGUUAGGGCGGAGACUUGAGCAUCUCGUCAUUAUAUACAGAUCUCUGGUUGCAGUCGAAUUUAUUUAUAAGGAGCAGGUAGAGAGAGUGAUGCUCGUGAAUUUGCAUGUCCUAUGUAAUGUAAGUGUUAACAAUGAGUCGAAAUCCACGAUUUAGCCUAUUUUAAUUGCUGACACAUUCAUGGAUUUUAUUUUGCGUGUUUCACAUAGCCAGCCACGCGGAGUCGUGGCGCAUUGUAGGCUAUUAACUGUGCAUUGAUUGAUAACUGAACAGCAAGUGUUUACUAGUUUAUCAAAGGUGUCGAACUGACUGAAUAAAGUCGAUCUCUAUAUCCCUUUGCCAUUCUUAAAUCAUGCAACGUGGUUAUACGUCCAUAGUAUCGCAUCGGAACAAGUAAACCAAAGGGUUUCCUUUCCUAUGAUUUCGGGGCUUGCCAGACAGUGACGCUAAAGUGAGUGACUCUCGUCAGUCAGUGUAGCCUACCGAAUGAGUGAGAGAGUCGUUCAUUUGGCUCCCUAAUUUUCAUAGGCUUUUUGGCGCUUACAUGCAAAGAUGGUGAAUUAAAAUUGCAGGAACAAUGGGUAGUGGAGAACCUCAUUCUGGUCCAAAUAUGAUAAUUAGGGCCCUCACGAAAUGCAGGCAUUAAAACGGACUUCAACAAUAUAAAAAAAAACGAAAUGUAUUGAAAUUGAAUUAAUUUGGCCAAGUUUAUCAUAAGACAUGACCAGAAUGCAUCAAUGCAACUUUCUGAAGAUGCAACGAAAAUGCGGGUCUACCACUUUGUGGAAGCCAUUAGCGAUUAUGCUAAUGAACAGUCUUCUAGUAGAUGGAAAAGCUUUCCCAACAACCUUCUCAGUUAAAUGUUAACUAUAAAGUACCCUAUGCUUACCUGGCAAAAUUAUAUCAUUAUUUUUAUAAAUCCAGUGGAUAUUUGCUUUGCAAAGUCUAGCAUCACACGACAAAAACACUGCUAAACCAACAGCCUCUUGUUUGCUGUGCACUUUGAAUUAAAAGGUAACUACACCCAAAAAUCAAAAUUUCUCAUGAUUUUCUUCCAGACCUCAAGUGGUCUCCUGAUGUGGUUUAAGCAUUCUUGUGGACUUAGAACAUUCACAUUUGUUGUUUUUCUAUUAAAUUGUGAAUUUGAAAGUGAAAACCUGAAAAAAAUGGGAAGAACAGAAACCUCUAAAAACAAAACAUUUAAUUAAUUUUUCUAGAUAAUGUGGGCUAUUUACUUCAUUUUUCUGUUUUAAUAAAAUACACAAUUUGAAGAACAAACAUAAUUGUGGCAAUUGAUAUCUUGCAGUAAAACUGUAAAUAAGACUUUAAUCUCAAAGGUUUAAUGUUCUCUUACUUAGAAAAUCGGGGGGGCCUGCCUGGCAAUUUUUUUCUAUUUGGCUGACUACUCUAUAUACUUGUGGAAAACACUGCUCAAUCGUGUGGGUGGGUGGGUGCGUGCCUGCCAAUGAAUUGUGUGGGAACUCGGUGAGACUUCAAAGGGUCUAGAUAACACUGAAAAACACUUGUUUCCUCAUAUGAACAAAGGCAUUGUAGUUCUGAGAGUCACCGAUCCCUCUGAAAACAAUGGGGACGAAUCCAUACUGAAUCGUCUGUGUGUGUGCCAGGUACAGACCACGGACAUACUGCCUAGCUGACAGUGAUGAGGAGUCAUCCAGUGCGGGGUCCUCAGACGAAGAGGAUACUUCAGAGGUUACCAAUGAAGUCCCUGGAGCAGAGGGGUGAGACUAAUUACAGUGUCUAUUUACUUUUACCCUGAUUAUUUACCUUGUUUACCUUUUAAAGUACCUUUCUGUACUACUUUCACGUAAUCCAGACUUUAACUUAAUGCAGACCUUCACGUAAUUCAGACUUUUACGUAAAUUAAGGUAGAUUUGCGCGACGAAAAGUACUUAGGAUUCAACCCCUAAAUCUCUCCUCUCCAUUAGAUACACGGGGGGCCGCCAGCCCAGUAAGAUCAUGCGCUUCGUGGACAAGAUCGCCAAGUCCAAGUACUUCCAGAAGGCCACCGAGACGGAGUUCAUCAAGAAGAAGAUGGAGGAGGUGUCCAACACGCCCCUGCUGCUCACCGUGGAGGUACAGGAGCUCCGAGGCACGCUGGCCGUCAACAUCCCACCCCCACCCACUGACAGGAUAUGGUAUGUUCUAAACAGCUUCAUAUAGUUAUACCUCAUAACUCCGCCCACCAACAGGAUAUGCUACACCCCAACACAUUCCUACCAUCCCAAUACAUAAAUACACUUUAAUAUAAUAUUAUAGGGGUGCUGAUCAAACACUUGUUGGCAUACUGUUGUGCAUUAGUUUUUGGUGUUCUGCAAUGCACUUGUGCCCUCUGCUUGUGACUGAUCACAUCCCUGGAAAACGGACAUUUUGUGUGCCUUAUUAUAGAGUAACCUUUACCAUUAACUUGCCCACACUGUACAAUAACAAAUGGCUCAGUGCUGCAUGAUCUGUUAUAGUUUAAAUCUACACUCUGGUGUUUCACCUAGUGUGUUUGUUCACUCUGUUUUGAAUUGGUGUGCUGCAGGUAUGGCUUCAGGAGUCCCACCCCACCUGGAGCUGAAGGCUCGGCCCAAACUGGGAGAGAGAGAGGUCACACUGGCCCACGUCACCGACUGGAUCGAGAAGAAACUGGACCAGGAGUUUCAGGUAUGUGUGUGUGCAUGCCUGUGUGUGCGUAAUACCGUACUUUGUCCAAACUGUAUGUCAGCAUACUACAUCCAAAUGUAACACCUCUGAAUCUCUCCCAUCUUCUCUCCGACGUAGAAAAUCUUUGUCAUGCCAAACAUGGACGACCUGUGGCUGACCAUCAUGCACUCUGCCAUGGACCCCCGCUCUUUUGGAACGCCCUCCACCUCCACAGCCGAUACAACCCAGAGGGAAACGGAGCCCUCCGAAGCAGAGGGGGGCGCCACUAACGGCAUAUGAAGGAUUGCUUACAGUAUUUGCCUGAAAUGUGUGAAAUUAGAAUUGGGAGCCAGGGGGCCUUGUAGUAGUAUAAGGCCUAUUGGUGUAUAAGGACAUACAAAAAUACUUCUGUUGCCACAUUGACAUUCCAAUAGCUCCAUACCCAAGGGUAUUUUUUGUCACUGGCAGAACAGGAUGACUUCAUCAGUCAUCAGAUGAACUUUGACCUUUAACAAGCUCACUGAUGGAAUGAGACAGAGGUCAGUCAACCAACCAGAAAGGAGAAACACUAAAAAUAAAAUCUCUCACUUGCUGCUCUGUUUUGUAAUCUGUGUAGGAUGAACAGACUUAGAACAUUAGAUUUUUCUCAGAAUGGCACAAAUGUAACAGUGAUACAACCUUUGACAGGGGCAGGUUAGAGGCUAGUGGUAUAAGUGGAGCGGUUAUAAGGUUACACAGUGUCCUAUGAACACAUCAUUAUAUCGCAUUCACCGUUCACCUUACGUCCUAGAUGGGAAACAACUUUUGUUUGGGGACCCAAAUCAAGAGAAGAGAUUAAAGUGAAAAGAAAUGGUUGAAUGAGACACGACACCGCUAGAUUAUACUUUUGUUAUUGUACAGGUGUGUCUGCAAGAGAGUGUGCAUGUGUGUGUGAAGCCUGACACUAAAAGCAAGAGUGCAUACUUUUGACAAUGUCACAUGUAUUAUUUGCCAUAUCAUGAGGCAUCAAAUGCAUCCUAUGCUUUGUGCACUAAUGCUCACUAUCUGUGAUCAGGUGAACACUAACAGUAUAUACACUUGUGCUGUGACCCCCACAGCUCUUACUGCUCGAGGUAGAAGUUCCCCUUUACCACAGGUCUAGAAUCAGAUUACCCCACCCCAAAUCCUAACCAUUUUGGGGAUGAGAAAAUGUCUGACCCUGUAUCAGUGGUAAUGGGGAAAGUUCUACCUAUUCCCCUCUUAACUGUACACAACACCUCUUUAUAUGCAAAGUAUCACUGUCCAUAUCUAUAUGGAAGCAGCUAUAUGAAGCCCCUCCCCUCAUCGUUCUCUGGAAAACAAUGCGUCAUUACGUAGGCAACACGUGUCUUUAAUUCACUAAUGCCUAUGCAAGUUCCUUGCUAACUAAGGACAUGGAGGUGAGCAAUGAGAAAUAAUAGUAUAUGUAUAAUCUUGUAAAGAUAUAUGAUAUAUAAAUGUAUGUCUGAAAAGGUGUAUAUAAGGGGCCUAACUUUUGUUGAAUGUAUGUAUGGCUAUAUUGACAUAUUGUUGGACUGUUUUAUUGUUUGUUGUAUGGAAACUAUUCCUAACCAAUCACAUGGAUUAUGUUGAUUGGGGUAUGCCAAGUAUUGCACAACUAAAACUGAAGUUUUGAUUUAUUUUUUCCUUGUAAACACUAUUAAUGCAAUAGUAUCUACAGGCAUGUAUUGCAUAUUUGCAGUCCUAUUGUGUUAUGCUCUCUCUAGCAUGUACAAUACCCAUGGCACAUGUUGAGACUAUUCCUGUGGUACUCUGCACCACACAGGUUUUCAUUUAUUCUUUCAAAUUAUGUAGGAAGUGGUAUAUGUUUUUUUAGUUGUAUGUAUUUUCAAAUGGCCAUCAACAGUUGCCAAUGCUUGGAAAUGAGCCCCCUUGCCAGACGUGCUAAAGGACACUUGAUAGAGUUAAACUAAAUGAUGAUAUAUGUAGUGUGCCCUUUGCCAAAACCAUCAUUAAUACUUGGAAAAUAAACUGUUAACUCAAACAUAAUUGUAGUCUCAAAAAUCAUCACUUUUUAAGUCUGAAUCACCUUCUAUACUCUACUGUUAUGUUUUCUUAAUUUUGCAGUUAAGUUUUAAAUGCACAGUAUUAGCAUUGGAUUUAUUUACAUGAAUUCCUAUUUGUGUUGCCAUUCGUUCCUUUUAUUUGUCAGGACACUAAAGCACUAUUGUAGAAUGUCAUUGAUGAAGGAAUAUCUUGUUUUCACUUUCCUACUACUAAUUAGUUUAGUUUUAACGAUUAUUCAGUUGGUAAUAUUAUUAUAGGAACCCUUAAUAAAGAUGAGAAAAAAAGACUAAAAUAAA